AUGAUACUAGCGGUGCUCUUCUCCAACUCCGACGGCAACAUCCUCAUCGAGCGCUUCCAUGGUGUUCCCGCGGAGGAAAGGCUGCACUGGCGUUCUUUCCUCGUCAAGCUUGGCGCCGACAACCUCAAGGGGGCCAAGAACGAGGAGCUCCUCGUUGCCUCUCACAAGUCCGUCUCUAUUGUUUAUACAAUGAUUGGGGAUGUCUGCCUGUACAUUGUUGGCAAGGAUGAAUAUGAUGAGCUUGCUCUGGCCGAGGUGAUAUUUGCAAUCACAUCGGCAGUGAAGGAUGUAUGUGGGAAACCGCCUACGGAGAGGCUCUUCCUUGACAAAUACGGGAGGAUCUGCUUGUGCCUUGAUGAGAUUGUUUGGAAGGGUCUGCUGGAGAACACGGAGAAGGACAGAGUCCGGAGGUUGAUCAGGCUAAAGCCGCCCGUUGAGCCAUGA